GAUUCUCCUUUCUGCAUAACUACAGCUUCUCAAGUCGCCUUUUCCCCUCAUUUACUGCCCGUGGGACAGUGGUAAAAAAAAGGGCUGUGCCUAGGGUAGGGUGGGGUGUUUCCCUUCUCAGGGCCUGUCCGUUUCUACUGGGAAGCUGGGAUCCAGCGCUUCCAGAUUCACUCUUGGCCCGUCGCAGGUCUCAUCCAGGACACAUGGAUGCCCACCCACCGAGCCUCAUGGUAGGAGUCUGACUGCCUCCGUUCCCUCACUUGCUCUGUGAGGGCCCCUACCUUUUCUUCUGAGAACCCACCCUGCCCACUGGGCCUUGGCCUAGACCCUCCAUUGGCCCCUUGUGGCCAUUCCCAAGCUCAGGCAAGCCCAUCCUCUGCCCAGAUUGGGCCCAUCUGAGGCUCUUGUGGGGGGAGGUUUGUAGGUCUGGCUCCUUCCCCCUCCUUCAUACUGCCACUCCCCUUGAUUUUAGAGCCAAAGGGGCUUGGUGACUGUCUUGCUCAGCCCUGUGGUACAUGUGGCUGAGACACACCAUGAGGUGGAGCCAGGAUGGGGCUGGCACCCAGGUUUCCCUGGGGUGCUGGUGUAUGUUUUUUCAGGAGGCUGUGACGUUCGGUGAUGUGGCCGUGCACUUCUCGAGGGAGGAGUGGCAGUGUCUGGACCCUGGCCAGAGGGCCCUCUACAAGGAAGUAAUGCUGGAGAACCACAGCAGUGUGGCUGGACUAGCAGGAUUCCUGGUCUUCAAGCCUGAGCUGAUCUCCCGGUUGGAGCAGGGGCAGGAGCCAUGGGUCCUUGACCUGAAGGGAGUCGAGGGGAGAGAGGUGGCAAGGACCUCCCUUACAGAUUCUGCAGUUGGGAUGGCAAGUGAGCAGGCCUGUGAGGACGUGGAUGCUCUAAAAUCGGAACCCUGUGUGGCCAUGGUCAGAAGCUCCCCACAAGGUUUUCCUCAGAGUUCUGGCUUUAGAGACACCUCUGAUUCUGAGGUCUGGUCAGAGAGUAAGCCAAGCUCCCUCCUCCAGAAAAACUGCUUGAACACUGGCACUGUGGCUCCCAGGAAGACCUUCGACAAGGAGGGUGCCCAGGGACGUGGCGAGCUGGAGGGCAUUGGCGUACUGGGUUGUCACCCUGACAAAAGUAAGGGAGGUGCUGCAGAAGGGACAUCCCGAAGAUGUGAUAUGUGUGGCAGGAGUUUCAGAUCGACUUCAGACAUUGCUCUGCAUCAGGAAAUUAAUACACCGAAGAAACCUAACAGAUGUCCAGAGUGUAAAAAAAAAUUACCUGAUUGCUUGCAGGGGAAACCUCGAAGUAACUGCCAUGGAGAGAAGCCGUAUGAAUGUGAGGAAUGUGGCAAAGUCUUCAGGUUGUGCUCGCAGCUUAAUCAGCAUCAGAGAAUCCACACUGGAGAGAAGCCGUUCAAAUGCAUUGAGUGUGGAAAAGCUUUUCGUCUGAGCUCAAAACUUAUUCAGCAUCAAAGAAUUCAUACUGGAGAGAAGCCUUACAGGUGUGAGGAGUGUGGAAAGGCCUUUGGUCAGAGCUCCAGCCUCAUCCACCACCAGAGGGUCCACACGGGAGAGAGGCCCUAUGGCUGUCGGGAGUGUGGGAAGGCCUUCAGCCAACAGUCUCAGCUGGUCAGACACCAGAGGACCCACACUGGAGAGAGGCCCUACCAGUGCCAGGAGUGUGGGAAGGCCUUUAGCCAGAGCUCAACCCUGGCUCAACACCAGCGGAUGCAUGCCGGGGAGAAGCCUCAACUUCCAAGAAGCCCAGGUAGUCCCAGCCACGUUGCCCAUCAGAGAAUUCACACUACAGAGAAACCGUUUAAGUGUGAUGAGUGUGGGAAGGCCUUCAGGUGGGUGUCUCGCCUUAGUCAGCAUCAGCUGACCCACACUGGAGAGAAACCUUAUAAAUGCAACAAGUGUGCAAAAGCCUUUGGUUGUAGCUCACGGCUUAUUCGCCACCAGAGAACUCACACUGGAGAAAAACCAUUCAAGUGUGAUGAGUGUGGGAAAGGCUUUGUCCAGGGCUCACACCUAAUUCAGCACCAGAGAAUUCACACUGGAGAGAAACCCUACGAGUGUAGUGACUGUGGAAAAGCCUUCAGCCAGAGUUCAAGUCUCAUUUACCAUCAGAGAAUCCAUAAGGGAGAGAAGCCCUACGAGUGUGUCGAAUGUGGAAAGGCUUUCAGUAUGAGCACACAGCUCACAAUACAUCAAAGGGUCCACACUGGGGAGAGACCCUAUAAGUGUACUGAAUGUGGGAAGGCCUUCAGUCAAAACUCAACCCUUUUCCAACACCAGAUAAUUCAUGCAGGAGUGAAGCCGUAUGGAUGUAGUGAGUGUGGGAAAGCCUUCAGCCGGAGUUCCUAUCUUAUUGAGCACCAGAGGAUCCACACUCGUGCCCAGUGGUAUCAUGAAUAUGGGAAUACCCUGGAAGCUUCUACCCAUGUGAGCCGUAGAAAAGUCAGCACUGUAAAGAAACUGCAUAAAUGUAACGAAUGUGAGAAAAUAUUCAGGUGGCGCUCACAUCUAAUCAUUCAUCAGAGAAUUCACACUGGAGAGAAGCCUUACAAAUGUAAUGAAUGUGGCAAAGCUUUUAAUCGGAGCUCACGGCUUACUCAGCAUCAGAAAAUUCACAUGGGAUAGACCACUUGUCUUUAUAAAUGUGUAUAAAUGUGAAUAAACCUGCAGCCUUAACCUUAACGUAUCUUAUAUGGGAUCAUUUAUACUGACAAGAAUUUAGAAUGUGGGGAUAGAUUCCGAAUUGCUCCCUUAAGAAAGAAAAUGUCCAAAUUCGUACAAAGUGGAUAUAUCUUUGCUGCAACGUGUGACCUCAUCCCGCGCAGCAAAGCCUGUGUCUCUCAAGCCAGGGCGCACAUGUGUAGACUUUCGAGUUCACAGAAGAAAGACGCCACAUCCCGCGGAUGAGGAAGUGUCAUGGGAAAAGGCCCAUGAGCCCUGCCAGACAAGUAGCUGAGAAGUUGCCCAAAGCGUCUUCCGUUAGCAGUUCCUUAGUCAGUUCCUCAGACUGGCUUCAGCAGUAAGGAUGUGUUAGCUUGUGCCAGUGGAAGCCCAGAGGAAGCUGCCUUCUUCACCUGACUCCUUUUCCUCCAACUCCAUCCCCAUCAAAGCAACCUGGGGCUACAGCCAGAGGGCCUGGCACCAGCCUCUUCAGACAGGAGCUUGGAUCAGUGCAGGCACUCCAGGAGUAGCACCUGCACCCAGGGACCUGCUCUGUGACUCUGGAUGUCACUGUUCUCCAUGAAAUCCAGAGUCUGUCUGCUUAUCUGAGCAUCGUUACAGGGUGACCAUAAGAAUUGAAUGUGGGAGAGCUCCCUGCUCCCACACUGAGACCCCGAGCCAGCAUCUCUAGCGGAACCCAGGGCAGACCUGGCCUCAGCACUGCAGAAACCGCUCGUGUGAGCCCAGCGGAGCUACCUGGAGGCCAGGCUGCUUACCAGACUCCCCAGAACCGCUCCUGCCACACAAACUGCCAGACCCAGGAGGGUCUGCAAGCUGCAUGUGAGCCCAUUGCCUUUUCCCGGAUGCUGGUGGAGGUGGAGACAGACUGCUGACCCGCAGAAUGAGGCUAACAGUGUUGAUGGUGGCCCUGCCCUCAGGGUCCUGGCCCUGCCAACUGUGAAAAAGUUCCAGGGGACCAGAAGUCUUAGACUGGCUACUACCCACGACCACUCACUCGAGACCUGCCGAUCUUUGGUGUCAUUGACAGUUAUUGGAGGGGUGAAAUUUGGGCCAGGGACCCCUCCCCUUGUCCCAAUGGAGAGGCCCAUUUCUCCCACAUACAGAAAGGUAACCCAGAGGGACACAGGUCAGUCACUUCAGGAUUUAUUGCAACACUUGAUUUGGGUCACCAUCACCUGGUAUGGUUAAGCCUGUGGGUAGGUCCUUGAGACACAGCCUCAAUGGCCAUGUGUGGUAUGGCCCAACAGCAGGUUCUGGAUUUGUAUUAGGUGAAAAUCAGGCUGGCUGAUCCCUGUGUUUGCAUUGGGAAUUCCCCAACUUUCUGGCAUUAGGAACAGCAGAGUUCAGGAUAGUCAAGUCUGUGUGUUUGUGUUUCUAAUACAUGGACAGGGAUCUCGGUCCCACAGCAGGUCAGCCCGGUUGCCACCCACUGCUGCUUAGCCAGGCACAACGCGUGAUAUGUUCUUAGGCCACAGUGCUAGUCCUAGGAGUGAGAUUGUCCCCCUGGCCUGUACCCGCCCCUUUGGGAGUGGUGUUCCCAGCCCAGGUGUCAGGACGCCAUGAAAUCAUUGUGCCCAUUUCAGUGUCUGUAACCGCCUCUCCUCCUGUACCUGCUGCACCCAGAAGUGUGUCCAAAAGGGUCGUUGCCAGAGGACCAGGGCCUUUUCGUGGGCCCACGUGCCUUAGGAAGGCAGUUUGGUCACUGAAUGUGCCAUUCCCAGAAAGGAAACCUGUCUCUGCCACUUCUGGGUAAUGGUGGAAAGUUACAUGAACUCCUCCAGAUUCCAGCCUGAGCAUGGUGCUUUCUGUCUUCUAACAGCAACCACAGGCCAGCCGAAAAGGGCCAGAGGAUUCAACCUAAAUCUUCUUCACCUGGAUUCUCUCUUUGGAUUGCUAUGGUUCUAGAUGAGGAGCUGACAGAUUAUAGCGUAUGGGCAAAAUGCAGUUUGCUGUCUGUUUAUGCAGCCUGUGAAAAUAUGUACGAGGCCGUUAGACUGGGUGACUCUCAUGCCUUGGGAACUACAUAAGCAGAUCAAAAGCUAAGCCAGAGUCCGUUCCUGUAAAUGCACUCCUAUCUGAGAAAAUGAGAUUUAAGAACACCUAAUCACAGUCAACUAGAUUUUCCCAAAUAAGGCCCCUGCUUAAGCCAUAACCAGUCAAACAGUUUCCCAGUUUUGCUCCUGCGUCUAUAAACACCUCUCCCUUUUCUCCUGCCAGCACGGCACUCCUGAUUUUUCAGGGUGGUCCUGCCUGGCUCCAGGCAGUGUUUGUUCAAAUAUAAACUCUUCAAAAAUGUAAUGUACCUCAGUUUACCUCUUAAAAGGCCUAAAAGCUAAGAAGGGUUUUUACAUUUUUAAAUGGGAAAAAUGACUAUUUUAUGACGUUUGAAAAGUAUGUUGAAAUCACAUUUCAGUGUGACCAAAUAAAGUUUAUUGGAACAGA